AUGCAAACCACGAAAACCCCUCUUUCAAUCAUAAUCAUAAACCUCUGCCUUACUUCCAACACAAGCGUGAAUAAUCACAUGUCUACCUAUCCACUCCUCACUUCUUCCCCUCAAUACUUCGUACUAGAUAAAACUGUAUCCGGUGUAGCUGUAGGUAUGGGUGUAGUGUAG